CCCUUUACAUAAAACAAAUACAACUUCAUACUUCUUAGUGUGCAAACGUGAGUCAUUCAUAUAUCAUCAACAAAGUUAAUGGCAUCGAUAUUAUUCAUGUUUGUGACUCUGACCAUUCUUUUCAUGAGUCUAAAAGUCUCUCAAGCCACAUCUCGUGUCACCUUCCACGAGCCAAUCGUUGCUGACCACCACCAGCAAUGGAUGACUCAUUUCUCUCGAGUGUAUAGCAACGAGCUCGAGAAACAGAUGAGAUUCGACGUGUUCAAGAAAAACUUGAAAUUCAUUGAGAAAUUUAAUAAGAAAGGUGAUAGAACCUACAAGCUUGGUGUCAACGAGUUUGCGGAUUGGACCAAAGAGGAGUUCAUUGCUACCCACACCGGUCUCAAAGGCUUUAAUGGGAUUCCAACCUCGGAAUUUCUCGAUGAAAUGAUACCUUCUUGGAAUUGGAAUGUAAGUGAUGUCGCCCGUGAAACUAAAGAUUGGAGAUACGAAGGAGCUGUAACACCUGUUAAAUACCAAGGCCAAUGUGGAUGCUGUUGGGCGUUUUCAUCCGUCGCAGCGGUGGAAGGUUUGACAAAGAUUGUCGGAGGCAACCUAGUAUCAUUGUCUGAACAACAACUUCUAGAUUGCGACAAGGGUGACAACGGUUGCAACGGUGGAAUAAUGUCAGACGCUUUCAGCUAUAUAAUUAAAAACCGAGGCAUUGCCUCCGAGGCAUCAUACCCUUACCAAGCGACAGAAGGGACAUGCCGGCUCAAUGCAAAACCCUCCGCAUGGAUCAGAGGGUUCCAGACUGUUCCAAGCAACAACGAACGUGCAUUGCUAGAGGCCGUAUCGAGACAGCCUGUCUCAGUGUCUAUUGACGCGGAUGGUCCCGGUUUCAUGCAUUACUCAGGAGGAGUGUACGACGAGCCAUACUGUGGGACCAGUGUGAACCAUGCAGUGACUUUCGUUGGAUACGGAACGAGCCCGGAGGGGAUCAAGUACUGGCUGGCUAAGAACUCUUGGGGUGAGACUUGGGGAGAGAAUGGUUACAUUAGGAUCCGUAGAGAUGUGGCGUGGCCUCAAGGCAUGUGCGGUGUGGCUCAGUAUGCUUUUUAUCCAGUUGCGUAACUAAGCAGCUUAUGAUUUAUUAAUAUAUCAAAGUGAUAUUAUUAUUUAAAUUUUAAACAAAAAAUGGUGAUAUAUAUAUAUAUAUAUAUAUAUAUAUAUAUAUUUGGCUUACGAAUUUGCUUAGAUGUGGUCUGCAUCGCAAAGCUUGAUCCAAUACGUACACUGUAUAACAGUAUAAGUGUAUAUAAUGUUCAUAAUAUUACAUAUAUAUAUAUAAUAUAGUUGUUGUAACUUGUAAAAAAUGUAAUGGGGUAUUAAUAUUUAUUCUCGUUCGAAUUGU